UUCUCUCUCUUUCUCUCCGGUCUAGACCUGAAUUUCUGAAAAAUGCCCAUGGCCGCCUUGGAUCGGUCCAACUCUUCAAGAUCGAAUUCCGCGUCUGUACUAUCUAUCGAAUGCCUAAGAGGUGGUUCCAAGGCCGACGAAUGGACCGGCGAUAUGCUCCAGACCGGAGAUAUCGUCGAAGAGCUCCGGAUCGGAAGAGGUUACGCCACGGUUCGUUCGCCUUUCAAGCACGGUCGGACCGCCGUUCAGAAGAUUCUACACGGUUCAUUCAAGGAUAAAGAGACAUCGAUCCUGGUCCGAGUCAGGCGAGGGUCCGACACCUAUGCAGAACUCCAAGCCUGUAUUGUCCCGAACGAAUCGGCUGGGAGGAAACAGUAUAUGCUCCGAGCCAUCGACGACCCGAAUUACGCCGUCGGUUUUUUUGACCGAACCGAGGCUGAGUGCAUUGCCCUUCAAGGGACAAGGAAGGCUCGGCUAGAAAACGCUUUAGCCAGGGCUGAACUUCAAGACGGGUAUGUUCCAUUUGGGUGGGAAAGGAAAAUGCAAGAAAUGUUAAUGGUUCCAGGCUCGAGUUGCUUUCUAUCGAUGAUGUUUCUUCCGAAAGCAGCAGAUAAAACUGCCUCCCGAUACAAUGACCUCGAGGACACACUGGCCAGAGCCAAUGCCUGGCUCAACGCGUCCCAAGCCACCGGAGUCCCUCUUGUCUUUAUGAACAUCCAAACUGAAUCCUUACUAACCAAGAUAUCUGGAGAGACUGCAUCUUCAACUGUGACCGCAGGUUCAUUAUCAGAUUUAUCCAACCUCGCCAAUGCUAGCCUAUACGGCUUCGAGGAUUACCAUGGAGUUGACAUUGGAGUUGUUAGAGCUGUUCGUCUCUGGUACUCACCUCUCGGAGGAGAAAUGUCAAUCGAGAUCAAACUCAAAGAUGGAGACACCAAGCUUGGAUUCGCCAUUAGUCGAACCGAAGAGGGUUUCAUCUACAUAUCUUCAGUAAUAGAAGGGGAUGAAAAGGCUGCAUCAGUAAGAUCAGGACUAAACCAUCUCUACAAAGAAGCAAUGAGAGCAAACAAACGUCUAGUUAUUUCUAGGGUUUGCAACCAAAAGGUUCUACCUUGGUUAGUUUCUCAAACAGGGGCAAUCAGAUGUUUUGAUACAGUUUCCCUUAGCCAAAAACUAUCCUUACACAAACACGCAAAAGCUCCAAUUACACUCCAUGUUUUCUUGUGGGAUCAAUCUCUAGCAUCCACAACCAUGGUUGGCCCUGCACCAAUUACAUUGAUGCCAGUGGAGACCCAAACAGAUCAACCAAUUGCAAACAAUAAUCAAGUAACUGAUGGGAGUGAAAGCUCGGAUUCUGAGAACAGAAUCGAGAGGGAUACAGCCGGUGAAUUCUCUUUUAGGUUUCGUGACUUUGCAGUUCCAAAUAAAUGGAUUUAGUUUUGUAUAAACAAUAUCAUUCUUGAAAACUUCAUGUAAAUAAAUUAUAGAUCUGAAAACGGAGAUGUAUAUUGAACAAAUUUCCUUCAAAUCGUACUGAAUAGAAACUAACUGAUGAACAA